GCCGCGGAGCCGGGCGCCAGCGUGAAGGAUAAAUAAAAAGCGAAGAGGAAGAGGCUGGGGAGGAGGAGGAGGAGGAGGAGGAAGAAGGGGGGGGAGGAAAGAAGAAGAAGAAAGCGAGCAAGAAAAGAAAGCGAGGAGCCAGGCGGCCAGCCCAGCCGCGCCGCUCCCGGCAGCCAGGGCAGGAGGCGGCGGCGGAGCGGGGCCGGCGGCCGGCGAUGGAUGACCAGCCGCGGCUGAUGCACACGCACAGCGGGGUGGGGAUGCCGGGGCACCCGGGCCUGUCCCAGCACAUGCAGGAUGGACCAGGCGGGGCGGAGGGGGAGGCAGGCAGGAAGCAGGACAUCGGAGACAUCUUACAGCAGAUCAUGACCAUCACGGACCAGAGUUUGGACGAGGCGCAGGCCAGGAAACAUGCUUUAAACUGCCACAGGAUGAAGCCGGCGCUUUUUAAUGUCUUGUGUGAAAUCAAAGAAAAAACAGUGCUGAGCAUCCGGGGGGCACAGGAGGAGGAGCCCACGGACCCCCAGCUGAUGAGGUUAGACAACAUGCUCCUGGCCGAGGGGGUGGCGGGCCCCGAAAAAGGAGGGGGCUCGGCCGCCGCUGCCGCCGCCGCCGCCGCGUCCGGAGGAGCCGGCUCCGACAACUCAGUGGAGCACUCUGACUACAGAGCCAAACUCUCCCAGAUCCGACAGAUCUACCACACGGAGCUGGAGAAGUACGAGCAGGCGUGCAACGAGUUCACCACGCACGUGAUGAACCUGCUGCGCGAGCAGAGCCGGACCCGGCCCAUCUCACCCAAGGAGAUCGAGCGGAUGGUGAGCAUCAUCCACCGCAAGUUCAGCUCCAUCCAGAUGCAGCUGAAGCAGAGCACGUGUGAAGCCGUCAUGAUCCUGCGCUCGCGGUUUCUGGAUGCGCGGCGGAAGAGACGAAACUUCAACAAGCAAGCCACAGAAAUCCUGAAUGAGUAUUUCUAUUCCCAUCUCAGCAACCCCUAUCCCAGUGAGGAAGCCAAAGAAGAGCUAGCCAAGAAAUGUGGCAUCACAGUCUCACAGGUAUCAAACUGGUUUGGAAAUAAGAGAAUCCGGUACAAGAAGAACAUAGGUAAAUUUCAAGAGGAAGCCAAUAUUUAUGCUGCCAAAACAGCUGUCACGGCUACCAACGUGUCAGCCCAUGGAAGCCAGGCCAACUCACCCUCAACUCCCAACUCAGCUGGUUCUUCCAGUUCUUUUAACAUGUCAAACUCUGGAGAUUUGUUCAUGAGCGUGCAGUCUCUCAAUGGGGAUUCUUACCAAGGGGCCCAGGUUGGAGCCAACGUGCAGUCACAGGUGGAUACCCUUCGCCAUGUUAUCAGCCAGACAGGAGGAUACAGUGACGGACUCGCGGCAAGUCAGAUGUAUAGUCCGCAGGGCAUCAGUGCUAAUGGAGGUUGGCAAGAUGCUACUACCCCAUCGUCGGUGACCUCCCCCACAGAAGGCCCUGGCAGCGUUCACUCUGAUACCUCCAACUGAUCUCCCAGCAAAUUGCAUCCCUGGCUGAGCCGGCCCCGGCGGGGGCGGGAGGGGAGGGGGGCCUCUCCUAACACCGCAGCAGUCAGACUGGAGGUGAACCCAAUCAGCACACACAAGAAGACUCCUUCUCUUCUCUUCUCUUCGUCGGGAUGCUUUUUUCAGCCAAUCUGGACACUUCUUUAUACUCUCUUCCCUUUCUUUUCUGGGUAGAAGCCGCUCUCCCCCUCCCUGCCACCCCCACAACACCAUUCUCUUCCCCUCCCCGCUUCCCACCCAAGGUAGAAGGAUUUUAAGGAGGAAAAGCAAAAAUCCAGCACCACCACACAAACCGACCCCAGAGCAGUGUACAGCCUCGUGCUAGGUGUCUUUUUGAGGAGCUACAAAUGUACCUCAGUCACAUCUCUCUCCCUCACUAGCAGGCAGCCCCCUGCCCCCUUCCUUUCACGCUACCUCUCCGUAGGGAAUUGCCACCGCAGGGAAUCUGCUCCCGCCUCGUGUCCGCACGUCCCUCGGGUGCUGCAGGGACAGGGCAGGUGGCACAGCCCCUGUGCACGUAGAAGGAGCCAGCGUGCUCCCCCUCGCUUCCAAAAGGUACCGUUCCCGUUCCCAGCCCCGGGGAAACUUCCCAGUCCCAGCCCUACUCAGCCAAGCCUCCCUCCCUCUGGCUGCUGUGAUCUGGAUGAGCCAUGAAACCCUGCUGUCCUGCCUGCCUGUUGCUGGAGGGGAGAAGAGGAGGGAAGGAAGGGAGGCAGAGGCAGGUGAGAAGCGGCCAUCGCUGAUAACAGAGGUGCUGACACCUCCACGGAGCUGUGGGAUCAGGCAUGGACAGCUGAUGGGACACCAGCACUUCUCUCACAGCACCUAGAAAGGCUGGUGGUGGAGUUCUCCUCAGGGCAGUGUCACAACAACAGGGGUGUUGGCUCCUGUUUCCAGGAGGAGCUGGGUUCCCCAGAUGGGGCAGGACCUGCAGAGGUUUGUGCCACCCCCUGCAUUCCCAAAGCCUUGCCAAGCCAGCAGUGAGGGAUGGGCAGCAGAACGCCAGGGGCUGGAAGCACUGGGGUGAGUGUCUCGGGUGUUUUUGGUAGCGCUUCAUGCCACAGGUUUGCUCAGUAGGACAGGUGGCUGCCCCACUGGGGGAUGUCUGUCUGUGUGCUGAAGCUGCUGGUUUCACCCCAGGAGCCACCUGGGCAGUGGCCAUGGAAGAACUCGUGGGACUUUCUGCCCAGCUUUUCUGGUCCACUGUUGGGACAAGCAGUGGUGGCUGGCGAGCGAGGCUUCAUCCUGCCCCUUCAGGCUGAUGCUGGGAGGACGUGGCUUUCGUGGAAGAGCAGGAAGAGGCAGCACCAGUUCCCCUGGGCAACGGGCUGAGCUUCAGGCCAGGGUGGGACUUCUGGCCAUCGGUUCUUUCAGUGGGCACGAGGAGGCUGAGCCAGCCUGCAUCAAGACCCUGGGUGUGGUGGGGACUGGUGGGUGCAGGAUGUCUGGCACCUCAUGAUGGAUCCCAGGAUAAUCAUCGGGAUCAUUGCCUCACGCUGUUGAAUGUCUGUGCCCACCCUGUGUAUGGUGGUCUCAAGGUGGGAACUGCCAGCACAGAGCAGCAUUAAGCAGAAACCAUUUAAAAUUAGAGCUCUGUCAAAAAUAUUUCCACCCUUCUGCUGGAAAAAAUAGCGGUCCUUGGCCUGCAGGGCACAGUGGUAGUGUGGCCACAGCUGAAGCACGCUGUCACCUUGCAGCAGGGGUGAUGUGUCCAGCAGUGACACUUCCUGCUCCUUUUGCAUCAGUGCCAGGAGUGGGGACCCUGUGGCAGAGCAGGAUGUGACACGAGGGGCCGUGGGCUGCCUCCCAGCUGUGUGUUAAGAGCAUGGAGAAGGUAGUUCUCCUGCAAGGAUAGUCGGGAGGUGCUGCCCACCUUCCCCAGCUCUUGCACCUUCCCACUCUCCUCUUCCCGUGGCCUUUUGUCCACUUCCAGCUUAUUUGACAUGAACCCGUUCUGGCCAAGCGUUCCAGGGACACAGGUCUGGGUCAGGCCUCUCGUCCCGAGCGGCAGCGGUGCCGUGCCUGUGGGAACGCCAGCGUCCCUCUUGGAAACCAGCUGGGAAUGAGCCGAAACCACGGCGAGCUGGAGCCAGCCCACGCUGGGGCUGCCCUGCCCUGCCCUGGCACCCCCUGCCCGGGCUGGCCCCUUGCUCCUCCACGGUACUUUGCAAAUCCCCUCCUGGGUUCCCCAGUUGGUCCCUCCAGUUUGUGUUGGCGUAGCUACUCGCUUGCCUUUUCCUUUGCUUUUUUUUUUUUUUUUUUUUUUUAAAUUUUUUGGUUUUGUUUCUCCUCCCCGUUCUCCUCCAGCCCCGAGUGUUGUGGGUUUUUAUUAUUUCUUUUUUUUAUUAUUAUUUUUUUUCUUUUCUGCCCAGAAAAACCUGACUUCGAUACCAAAAAAACAAAACAAAAGGAAAAAAAAAAAACACAAAAAAAACACAAACAAAAAAAAUCUACAGAAACUCAAAAAAAAUAAAAAUGAAAAAAAAAAAUCACAAAAAAAAAACCUCGACGAUUCUUUCAGCUUUAUUAACAUUUUCCAUUGUUUCUUGCGAUUUGUGUCUCGUUCUUUGUAGUAUUGAUGAUAACGAACAUUUGAUAAUGAAUGUUCUUGUAUAUUCAGAUAAAGGAGAAAAAAAAACCAAAAACGCAGUCGGAAUUUAAUAGUGUUUAUAAUAAAAGAAUAAAAAAUGACCCUCUUAGCACGCAAAAUUGAACAGGGGGAAGGUCCCAUCCCUGUUCUUUCUGUGGCAACAAGCGCUUCAUUCCUGUAUAGUUUAUAACAUCAAACUACCUACAUUCAUCCUCCUCUUUUUUGUUUGUUUGUUUUUUCCCAUGGUUUGGUUUUUUUUCCAUUUUCUCGCAUUUGUGAAUUAGUUCAAGAAUGCUAGAAAAGUGUAGAGUUGUGCACACUCAUUUCUUCUUACACAAUGUUUAAAAAGUGACGGUAAUUCAUUUUGUAAAACUUUAAAAAGAAAAAAAAAUGGUUGGAAUAGUGAGCAUUAAUAGGUACAGUCUAACACUUUAUGUUUCUUAACGCUGAGACCCAGAAAUGAACUUUUUUUUUUUUUUGCAUUAUUCGGGAUUGGGGGGAGGGGGCUUUGAUGAUGAUGAUGAUGAUGAUGAUGAUGAUGAGUUUAUUUUGACCUGUCAGAGACGAUGGCCUUGCCGCUUCCCCUGCGCUUUUUGAGCUGUGACCAGAGUGAUGUGAAAAGCAAACAGUGGUGCUUUUGGGGGGAGUGUUUCUCCCUACUCCUUUCAGAUCCCAGCUCCAGCUGGUGUGGCUGCUCCGGGGCUAAGCAGUGGGAUUACAAUUUCUGAAAAGGGAUGGUAUUCCCCAGGGGUUUUGGGGAGGAGAUGGGGAGUCAAGUCCUGAGCCCCUGUGGGUCUCCAUUCGGGGGUAUUGCUGAGCUGCCUGGAAGCGAUGAAAGGGCAGGAAUCCUUCCCAAAAAAGUGUAGAUGGUUGGUUCUCUUCCCUGAAUCCCAGUGUCCCAAAACUGAGGGAUUCGGAGGAAGGAAUGUUCCAGCCUCAUCCUGCCCAUGGAUGAAGAUGAGGUCUCACAGCCUGGCCCCAUCCCUGACUGCAUCAGCAUCUGUGCUGAGGUGGGACAUGGCCAAAAUGUCCCCAAACACAACCCCAAAUCCCCGUGGCUGCAGAGUGGGGUUCAAGGAGAAGUGCUGAGAACGUACUGGUUGGCAUUGCUUCAGUUUUCUCCCAAAACGUUUUCCUGCUCCUCCCAAAAAAAAAAAAAAACCCUGAGCUUUUCACAUCACUGAAAAAAGGUUUAGGGUUUGGGGUGUUACUUUUAAUCCCAAGGUUUCCUGGAGUCCUUUUGUUUUCGUACACCUUUAUUAUUAUUAUUAUUUUAUUAUUAUUAAGAGGAUGUAAAUCAGACAUUGCCUGGGGGGUUGGUUUUGUCAGUUUGCUUUUUUUGUUCUUGCAAAGCCCUUUCUAUCCCUUGUAAAGGUGAUCCAGUUCGGAGUUGCUUUUUCUUUUCUAUUUUUUUUUUCUCCCCAUCUUUUUUUUUCUCUCUUCCUAGUGGAUUCCACAUAUUAAAAAAAAAAAAAAAAGAAAAAAGAAAAGAAAAACCCUCCAAAAAAAAUGAAAAAAAAACCCUCUCUGUUCCAACCUGGUUUGAAACUUUAAGCUUUUCUGCUUCUGUAAAGAGAAAAAAAAAGGCCUCUGUCUUUCUGAUCCCAAUUGAAACUUUUAUGUUCUAUGACGAUACUAACAAGGUGUAGGUUUUACAGUUUCCUGAUUUGUACUGGUAAUGCAUAUUCCAAAUAAAUAGUUUCUUUUGUUGCAAAAAAAAAAAAAAAAUCAAAAAAAAAACCUGAAACCAAACCUGGUGUAUUUUUUGGGGAGGAAAAAGAAGAAAACGAGAUAACCUGAGGGUUUCUCCAUGAGGUGGAGGGGGCAGGAAGGGUUUGGGGUGCAGAGGUGGGGGCGAACAAAGGCAUAAAUAAAUACCCUGAUGCUGGGAUGGUGUGAGCCAGAGGGAUGUGAUUUGGGAUUGUGCCCGAGGCACUGCAUUCCUGGUGCCUCUCCCCGUGCCUCAGUUUCCCUAGGCAGAAAGAGGCGAGUUCUUCCUGGACACAUGGAUUUGUCCAUUAAAAAAAAGAACAACUUUUGCUGGUUUUUUUUUAUUUUCUUUUUUUUUUUUUAGACUUGUUAAGUGCACUGUUUUCCAAAAAAACGCUAGAAAGUUUUCCUUUAUCACACCAAGGUCUGGGCCAGGGCUGCGGAGCAGGUAGCCUCUCCUGUUUUCCUGAGG